CGGACAGAACAAGCCGGCACAUGUCCGGUUUCUAAAGCCCGCGAUGAUUAGCGUGGCCGGACCUCUUCCUCUUGGUCUCGCGUACUCACCAGCGUCAAACCUGACGGUGGAAGGAAACCUCUCCUCGCCGACCACCGACGGCCUCCGUGUCUCCUCCAGCCGGAGCACGUAGCUACGCUAGCCCAUCUUUUCUCUCCUGCUUCGUCUCCCUCCUCCUUGCCCAAUCUGCCGGAACAUGGCGUUGAGCGGAGGAGAUCCGUCCGGAUUCGUCGAUUGCACAAUUCUGCUGCAAUCAGAAAUUGUAGUCGAUAAUAACCCCUCCAAGAGUGUAAAUACCAAAGAGCAGAUUAUUUCUAUUACAGCUGAGAAAACAAGUGCUACUGAUGCGCGUGGCUCUACCUCCUUAGAGUCACCAAAAGGUUCACAGGAGAAGGCUAAUUUUUUGGGAAAAGGUGGAGAACAGCCUUAUGUCUACCAGACCAAUGUGUAUGCACCACAGCCACAGACAGUCUAUUCUGGAGGAUAUAUCAAUCCUUCAGGGCAAUGGGAAGAGUAUCCCUAUUAUGUGAGUAUGGAAGGACUCCAUUCUGCGUCACCUUCAAUCAUGCUAUCUCCUGGGUAUGCGAACAACCCCCAAAUGAUGUAUGGAGCUUAUUCUCCUGUUGCAACUGUUGGAGAGGGCCAGUCCUAUUCCCCUAUGCACUUCCCCUUCUCAAGUCCUUACUAUCAGCCACCGGCUUCUCUUAGUAUGGGAUACUCAAAUUCUAGUACUGGAAUGUCUCAAGGAGACCCUAUGCUUCAGCAAGAGUACUUCCUUCCUGAUGGUCUUCUCUAUUCACCCACAACAGUGUACCACCAACCAUUUGAGUCAUACAACAGAGCGGCAACACAACCAAGCAAUGCUCCGGGAUUAUUUGGGCAAGGGAAUGCACCAUUGGUUUCUGGAAUGCAGCAUGGAUCAAUGUAUAAUUCUGGAUCCUACAAGGCACGCCAACAAGCUAGUAAAUAUGGAGGCAUUACUCCUAAUUGGGGUUCUGCUGGUCGUAGAUUUAAUAAUUUCGACUACAACUCCAGUCAACAAAGGGUGAGCAUGCCAUUCAAUAUCCAGAAUGGUGCGCUGGAGUUUCUGAAUGAGCAAAACCGUGGCCCACGUGCUGCAAAACCAAAGAAACAAGACAGAGACAAUUCUUUAGUAGAUGACAAAAGCGAGAAAACCACUCAACUUAUUGACAGUGAACUGUACAAUUGUCCUGAUUUUGCCACGGAGUACAAGGAUGCGAUUUUUUUUGUAAUUAAAUCAUACACGGAGGACCAUGUACAUAGGAGCAUUAAGUACAAUGUUUGGGCCAGCACAGCUAGUGGCAAUAGAAAGCUGGAUUCAGCUUAUCGUGCGGCCAAACAGAAAGAAGACCAUUGCCGUGUUUUCUUGUUCUUCUCGGUUAAUGGCAGUGGUCAGUUCUGUGGUGUUGCUGAGAUGAUUGGACCUGUUGACUUCGACAGAAGUGUUGAUUAUUGGCAGCAAGACAAGUGGAGUGGCCAGUUUCCUGUGAAGUGGCACAUUAUUAAGGAUGUCCCAAACACCCUACUCCGGCACAUUACUCUUGAGAAUAAUGACAACAAACCUGUAACAAAUAGCAGGGACACCCAGGAGGUCAAGCUAGAGUAUGGUCUCCAGAUGCUAAGCAUAUUCAAGAAUCAUGAGGCCGAGACAAGCAUUGUGGAGGACUUCGACUUCUAUGAGCAACGGGAGAAAGCCUUGAAGGAAAAUAGACGUCAGCAGCAGCCUGGCAGCGCAGAGUCCCUGAAGCCAACAGACGCUAAGGCUGUAGGGAAUUCUGUUACUCAUAUCGCGGACUCAUUUUCUCGGAGUGUCCAGCUGAAAGAAAUUGAGAAAAGUGAUAACAAACUGACAGCUGAUGGUGCCAUCUCAGUGAAUGAUGCACAGACAGCUACCGUCAAGGCCGAAGAAAGCAACGCAAACAAAACUAAAGGUCCUGUGGAGGAGAGCAGUUGAUUUAUCUCCUGCCAUUUACUAGUUUGGAGCAGCUAUGAUUUGAUGCUCGUCAGGAGUUGAGAACGGAAAAAGAUGCCGAUUCGAGUUCAGGCGUGGGCUGCUGCUGCUUCAGUUGUGAACAUCAUAGUCCUUAUUUCGCCUCCACUUAGGUUAUAGUUUCAAUAUCAUAGUUCCAAAAUUCUUGUUCGUAGAUCCUUGCUUCCGUGUUCUUUCUUGUUUUCUUCUCUUUAUUUUUUUACUUGUGUUGUGUCGUGAAUGCUGUUAAGUUUUAGUGGCCUUCUCAACUCCUUUUGGUUUACCCUCUAUCAUAAAUGCUGUCGAGUUUUAGUGGUA